CCUAACCACACAAGUUGAGUUAAACAACCCUGUACCUUGUAACAAAAUUUACUGAAAGAUUGUUCAAGCGUACCUCAGACACUGUCAAUUGCAGGCUGGUCGGUAUUCUUCUCAGAGACGAAAAUGUUAUUAGUGGCCUCUAUCCCUCACAAUAUCUUUAACACUCCGGUAUCAAUGCCAAUAAUGAUAACUUCACGGAUGACUUCGUAGUACCCAUAUAUGCACCUGGUCAGUUAUCAGUGUCCAGUUGUUAUUUCAGCAUCAUGUACAUAUAUAUUGCCUCACAUUGCAUAAGGAAUCUAAGUUAAAGUUAAUUGCUAUGGCCAGACACUUUUAUCAAAAUAAUGGUCAGGCCAUAGCCGAAUCGUCAAUGAUGACCUUGGCAGGGGAAUGAUUUAAUUAUUAUACCCCCGAAACUAAGUCCAGCGGUCUGUUGCAUUUUCUUUGUCUGGAGCAUAACUUGAAGACUAAUGGUUGGAAUUCACGGUAUCACGGUAAUUUAAGAUCUGCGCGUGUAAUUAUAUAUCUUAAAAGAUAUAUACAAGUUUCUAUAUACCUGGACUCCUGUUAAUAACCAUGCAUAUUAACCCUUUCCCCGAUGAGCAUAUUGUGAAAAAUGGCCGUUUUCACUGAAAAGCCUCCUGUUACAAGUUCAAACUGCUAUGAAACUAUGAAAAAUGCUUCAAUACUAAUCAAACUUGGCACAAAUGUUAACUAGACCAUUGCCUUUGUAACGACAUGCUCAGUCUUAAAUUUCCUGUUACCAUGGCAACGAGGGGACAUCUCAAAAUUGCCAAAAAUCGCUAUUUUGCCUCGAUUUUUUCCAUCAAAAUUUAUUUCAAAGUGCUGCAACUGCUCAAGGGAUUGAGAUAGAGUCAAAGGCUUUUCAGCGUUGGUUAAACGUUACAUUAUGAUUGACCUGGGGUCAUUUUUAGCCUCUCACAAGUCCAAAAUUUUCUGGGCGAUGAGGGGGACUCCGCCCCCCUUCAAACCCCCCUAACAGAAGGGGGCACAUCCCCCUUCUGGCAACCCCCUGAUGUAUCUUUUGGAUGGGGGCGGCGCCGAAAAAUUGCUCAAUUUUUUAAGCAACAUUUCUCAAACGAAAACUUAUGUUUGGAGCCCAAAUAGGACCAUUUUUUCACUAUUUGAGGCCUAAAAAAAGGGGGGGGGGGUCGAAAGUGCGUUGUUUCGCGUAUAUAUGUGGUGAAGGAUUAAUAAAAAAUGAUGAAAAACUUUGGAAUCACCUAAAAACUAGUUUUUCCAUGUUAGCAUGUCGUAUUUCACCUAAUUGUGGUGAAAAAUUGUUGUUUUGUAACAUUUAUAAUUUUUUUAGUUAACAAAAAAUGAUGAAAAACUUUGGAAUCACCUAAAAACUAGUUUUUCCAUGUUAGUAUGUCGUAUUUCACCUAAUUGUGGUGAAAAAUUGUUGUUUUGUAACAUUUAUAAUAUUUUUUUAGUUAAUAAAUUUAGUGUUGUCCUAUAGAAGGAAUUUUGGUAAGCUUAAUUUGUUGUGAAAUGUAUUUGAACUAAUAUUUCUCUUAAAGAGCUCGCUUGGGGUAAAUGAAGUAAAUAUAUAUACGAGUAAAAAGAUAGAGACAUAGAAUUAAUUACAUUUCCAAAAGUUUAAUUUAUAUAUGAUAUGAAUAAACAGAUGGUAUAAUGAAUGAGUUUUACUUCGUCAAUACUAAAGAUACAAGAUACAAUUAAGAAACUUUAUUUUAAGUUGGUUUAUUACAAGAAACAUUAGCUAAUAGGCUAUUUACCGACAAAUAUAAAACUAUUAGCAGCUUUAAGCAUGAAAUAAGAGUAUCAAGGUUAAGAAGAACUUUACAAUAAGAUGGUAAAUUAAGGCAUAGAUUGAUGACAUGCACAGUACAUAUUGUAUUAAAGGUAAUAACAGUUUCCAAAAGUAAUAAAUGACUGUAGUCUAGAAAUUUAAGUAUGAUACAUAUAGCCAAGUGAAAUAAAUAAAAAUAAUAAUAAAAUAUAAAAGAAUAAUGAAAUAGUAAUAGUUAUAAGUUAACAUCUACAAUUUAUAAAUACGUAAUUGAAGGUUUCCUGAAAAAUAUAUAAAUAAAUAAAUAGAUAAAUUAAACUUACUUAUAAAAGUGCAUAAAAAUUUAUGAUAGAACUAAUAUAGCAUAUAAAAGAAACAAGAUAAAGCACAUACAGGGUAACAAAGUUAACUAAAAUUAAGUUGCAUGCACACCCUAAUGAAAUGGGGAAUAAGGAGUUUGAUCAUGAUCAUAAUAAACAAAGCAUACAAAUCAUACAACAAAGAUUCAACUAGCAUAAAAUAUAGGGUUUAAGAAAAAUUAACACACAACAUAUAAUCAAAGCAUCAUAGCAAACUAAAAAGGGAUGCACAAAGGCAAAGCAAACAAACAAAACAUGUAGUCUAAGCAUUUUACAUAAAUUAAAACUAAGCAAAAUAACAAACACAUAGCAAAUUUACAACCACAUAGCACAUUUUCAACUUGGGCCACUCCAGACCUGUAUCAGUCUCCAAAACUCUUUGUAGUUUUCAACAUUGCGGAUGUCAUUAGGGAGACUGUUCCAUAUCUGGGCACCUUCAAACCGAAAAGAAUUCUUACCGUAUGUUACUGUUUUGACCCUUGGGACAUUUUCACAUAUUUUUGAUACCUAAAAGAAUAAUUGGAAUUUUUAAAUUGAAUUAAAUCAUUUAUAUAUGGUGGUGAUUUUCCCUACAGGCAUUUAAACACUUCUUUGGCUUUUAUUUUAAUUCUUGACAAACAUAAAGUAGGCAUAUUUACUUUUUUUAAUAAUGUGUCAUAUGAAGAAUUAAAAUCAUUAAAUUCAUAAGACAAGAUAAAUUAAAUUAUACGAUUAUUAUUCGAGCCUCUGGUGAGCAUGAUAUUUGUUAUUCAACAAGUUCAAUGUUUUGAACAUACACGAAUAUGAUAUAACAUUUUAUCACAUACCCGAAAUCAAACUCCAAACCUCCAAAAAAGGUACAUUUAUACAGUGGUACGUUUCCGCCAUGGUACGUAACCUCUAAAUUUUCUUACAUAGUUACUCCUCUUUGGUAAUUGAUCGUCAUUGACCCUGCAUAAAUUUAUCGUAAAACAGUUUGUUCUUAUAAUAAUAUCAGGUGAAAGAAGGUUUAAUAUUUAUACAAUUAGUUUCAUUUGAUACAAGCAUUUGAAUAAAAAACGUAUUGUUUAUUUUUCUAUAUCAACUUCAAACUCCAAAUAUGAGUCACAUCUUAUGUGACAAGGUUCAGAAUUAUCCAUGAUUCAGUUAAAAUGGAGGGAACUACAUGUACAUUAUCAAUUCUAACAGAGACACAUGGGAUGUUUCAACUUAAAGGAUUCAGAUGAGGGAAAGUGAUAAAUUACUGUUAAUAACAGAAUGAUUACAGAAUUAUCCUGUAUCCAUAAGAGAAGUCAAAAAGAUGCUGCAUCAUGUGAAGUGAAGGAUACAUGUGUACUAGAUGGAUGUUUAAAUUAUAUUUGUGUGCAAAAACACUUGGACUUUGAAAUAAUUGUGAAAUUUGCAAAUUACUAUAAGUGAUUGAGUGCUUUUCGGAAUGUUCUGAUUUAAAGCACAUACACAAAUUAAAAGGGCAUUUGAUUUUAGUAUGAAGCUAUCUUUUCACAAAUCCCAAAAUGUACCAGAGUAUUUCUAUAGUAAUUCCAGAAUAUUCCACAGUGAGAUCCACAGUAAUUCCAGAAUUAGUUCAAGGCUAAAGGAAUCUUACUCGAGUUCAUGUUUUUAACAGCGGAACAUUUUCCAGAGUGGCUCUGGAACAUUUUACAAAGUAACUCUGGAACUUUUUUUCCAAAGUAUUAUGUCAUUUUAGGAGAACAAUUUCCAGAGUUGCUUUGAAAACUCUGGACUAUUUUCAAGUAAAAGUCUGGAAAAGUUUCGUGAAAGAACCCGAGAAAUUCAUUGAGAAAGUCUAUGAAAUUUCAUGAUUUUUUUUGCGUUUUCUCUGAAUGACUUCGGAAAACUAGUCAUAAUUUUCCAGUGUUGGCAGUUUCCAUAAAAAUUCCGGAAGUUUUCAUGGAUAUUGUACAGACGGGGUAGUUUAUGCCUGUCAAACCCAAUGUCUAAUAGCCAUAAUGCUCAUAAAAGCAUAGAAUCAUAAAAAUGUCUAUUGUCUUGCCUUUCAAACUUUAUUUAAAAGUUUAUCAAAUUUUCUUUCAGUAUCAUGCUCAAUCAUUAAUAAAUUCUCUCAAAUAAUGUCGUUAUCGGUAAAGCGCUUUACAGAUUUGUUCCAAAUUUUUAGCUCACCUGUCACAAAGUGACAGGGUGAGCUUUUGUGAUCGCUUUUCGUCCGGCGUUCGUCCGUCGUCCGUCCGUCGUCCGUCCGUAAACUUUUACUAUAAAUGACAUCUCCUCAUAAACCACUAAGCCAAUUUCAUCCAAACUUCACAGGAAUGUUCCUUUGGUGGUCACCUUUAAAAAUUGUUCAAAGAAUUUAAUUCCAUGCAGAACUCUGGUUGCCAAAAGAAAAAACUUUAAAUAUCUUCUUUUCAAAAACCAUAAAAGGUAGAGCUUAGAUAUUUGGCAUGAAACAUCUUCUAGUGAGUGUCUACCAAGUUUGUUCAAAUAAAAGCCCUGGGGUCAAAAUUGGCCCCGCCCCGGGGGGUCAUUGAUUUUCCCUAUAUGCAUAUAGUAAAAACUUAAAAAAUCUUCUUUUAAAGAUCCAAAAGAGUUAGAGCUAAGAUAUUUAGCAUGAAACAUCUUUUAGUGACUGUCUACCAAGUUUGUUCAAAUAAAAGCCCUGGGGUAUAAAUUGGUCCCUCCCCGGGGGGUCAUUGAUUUUCCCUAUAUGCAUAUAGUAAAAACUUAAAAAAUCUUCUUUUAAAGAAAUCAAAGAGCUAUGGCUAAGAUAUUUAGCAUCAAACAUGUUCUAAUAGGUGUCUACCAAGUUUGUUCAAAUAAAAGCCCUGGGGUCAAAAUUGGCACCGCCCCGGGGGUCAUUGAUUUUCCUUAUAUGUGUAUAGCAAAAACUUAAAAAAUCUUCUUUGAAAAAACCCAAAUAGCUAGAGUUAAGAUAUUAAGCAUGAAACAUCUUUUAGUGAGUGUCUGCAAAGUUUGUUCAAAUAAAAGACCUGGGGUCAAAAUUGACCCCGCCCCGGGGGUCAUUGAUUUUCCUUAUGUGUGUAUAGCAAAAACUUAAAAUCUUCUUUGAAAAAACCCAAAUAGCUAGAGUUUAGAUAUUAAGCAUGAAACAUCUUCUAGUAAGUGUCUACAAAGUUUGUUCAAAUAAAAGCCCUGGGGUCAAAACUGGCCCGGCCCAAGGGGUGUCAUUGUUUUUAACAAUAUGUGUAUAGUAAAAACUUAAAAAAAAUCUUCUUUUAAAAAGCCCAAUGAGCUAGAGCUUAGAUGUUUAGCAUGAAACAUCUUAUGGGUGUCUACCAAGAUUGUGCAAAUAAAAGCCCUUGGGUUAAAUUGGCCCUGCAACGUUGGGGGGGGGGGGGAUUGGGGGUGAGGGGGCCUAUAUACAGGUGAGCGACCUCAGGGCCAUCAUGGCCCUCUUGUUUAACGGAAAAAUAUCAUCUUAAUGUACAAAUAUUCGUUCAAAAAUAUUUUGUUUGAGACUUUAGACUCAUUUAAAUGCUGAAUUUGCCAAUCAGAUUUGCACACUGUUUGGCAGCCAUUUGUUUAUCAGCUGAAUAAGGAUUUUAAUUAAAUAAGAAGAGUACAUCAUGAUUAACGGAUGUGACAGUUUAAUAAUUUUGUUAAAAAGAAUUCAUUUUUUUUACUUAUGUUCAUAAAAAGGUCAAAAUUAAAGUAAAUAUAUACUUUUUUUCUGUUCCGCAAGAAAAUCAGGUGCUAUGAGUCUUUGAGCAAAAUGACGUUGCUUUGCCUAAAAGCAAAAAUAUCUCAAAGCGACGUCAUAUUUAUAUGACUAAAUUUACCGUUGCUGAUGUAACUUUUUUAAGACAAGUUUUUUUCACAAAUUUCUUUGCUGCACCGGGAAUUAUUAUUAAACAGGUCAUUGAUAUUUUUAGCGUCUUGAAAUUUUAUUCAAACAUGAUGAAUUAAGGUGAUGAAAUAUAUCUCAGUAUUCUCAGACAACUUGAUUUUUAUUCAGCCAGGACCGAGGACAGCUGGAUUUUCAUACAGACUGAUUAUUAAUUGCAUUGUAUAAACAACCUGUUAAUCUGUUAUCACAUGCACUGAUUGACGUCCGCUUUGUUUAUUGAUUAAUCUUCAAGAAUUUGAAUACGAUUCUGCAAGUGUUAUACGAAAUUGUAAACUACUGAACAAUAGGGAUUGGAAAAAUCGGCGGUUACUUUAAUGGUUCAAAUUGUUACAGAACUAUAAACAAGGCUUCAAUACUGUUCAAGCUUGGCGCAAAUGUUGACUGCACCAUAGCCUUUGUAACAGCAUGCUCAAUCUCAGAUUUUCUGCUACCAUGGCAAUGAGUGGACAUAUCAAAAUUGCCCAAAAUCACUAUUUUGUAUUAAUUUUACCACAAAAUCUGAGAGUAAGUAGCAUGUUGCCCCUAGGUAGACCUAAGUUAAAAAUUUUCUUUGAGAUGUGGGGGUCUGUCAACGUCUUCAAACCCAAAACAGACGGGGGAACAUCCCCUCCUUGGCACUCCUUUGAUGUACAUAGUGGGUGGCGCUGGUAAAAUACAAGUAAUAGUAUUUUUAACACAAUUUCUUAAACAAAUGCAAGUGUUUGGGGUCUGAAUAGGGCAUUUUUUUUCUUAUUUGAGUCCUCAAAGUGGGUGAAAUGGCGUGAACAUAUGUCUAUCAUGAAGUAAUGGGUAAAAAUUUGUAAGUAUAAGGUGAAUUAUGUAAGUGAAAUAAUUAUAAUGAUUACUUUAAUUCCAGGUCUUACUUCCAGCAAGGAAAUAAAAGCUGACAGUAUGGACAGUAAAGACACAUUUUGUGAGAAGUUAUCACCUGAAUUACAAAAUAGUGGUGUUCAAAGAAAUAAGAUGCUCAGUCCGUGUAAAAUGACACAUAGAUGUUAUAUUUGUGAUAAAACAUUUACUCAACAAAGUUCUCUGAAUACACAUAUGACAAUACAUACUGGCAAGAAGAAACAUGGAUGUAAAAUUUGUGACAAAGCAUUUUCCAAACAAUGCUAUUUGAUCACACAUAUGUCAAUACAUACUGGCAAGAAAAAUCAUAAAUGUAGUAUUUGUGAUAAAACAUUUUCUAAACAAAGUUCUGUGAAUAGACAUAUGAGAAUACAUACUGGCGAAAAGAAUCAUGUAUGUGACAUAUGUGAUAAAGCAUUUUCUCGACGAAGUCAUUUGAUCAGGCAUAUGACAAUACAUACUGGCGACAAGAAUCAUAGAUGUGACAUAUGUGAUAAAGCAUUUUCACGACGAAGUCAUUUGAAAACGCAUAUAACAAUACACACUGGCGACAAGAAUCAUAGAUGUGACAUAUGUGAUAAAGCAUUUUCUCAACGAAGUAAUUUGACCACACAUAUGACAGUACACACUGGCGACAAGAAUCAUAGAUGUGACAUAUGUGAUAAAGCAUUCUCACAACGAAGUAAUUUGACCACACAUAUGUCAAUACACACUGGCGACAAGAAUCAUAAAUGUGACAUAUGUGAUAAAGCAUUUUCUCAACAAAGUAAUUUGACCACACAUAUGUCAAUACACACUGGCGACAAGAACCAUAGAUGUGACAUAUGUGAUAAAGCAUUUUCUCAUCAAAGUAAUUUGAUAACGCAUAAGAAAAUACAUACUGGUGAGAAGAAUCAUAUUUGUAAAAUGUGUGACAAAGCAUUUUCUCAUCGACAAUAUCUUAUCAAACAUAUGACAACACAUACUGGCGAGAAAAAUAAAAAGUGUAACAUAUGUGAUAAAUUAUUUUCUCAAAGUUAUUUGAUUACACACAUGACAGUACACACUGGAGAUAAGAAUCAUAGUUGUGACAUAUGUGAUAAAGCAUUUACUCAACGCAGUAAUUUGAUCAAGCAUAUGACUAUACACACUGGCGAGAAGAAUCAUAGAUGUGACAUUUGUGAUAAAGCAUUUUCUCGCCAACAUUCUUUGAGUGCCCACAUGAAAAUACACACUGGCGAGAAGAAUCAUCAAUGUAAAAUGUGUUAUAAAACAUUUUCUCAAAGAAGUAAUUUGAUUACGCAUAUGACAACACACACUGGCGAGAAGAAUCAUCAGUGUAAAAUGUGUGAUAAAACAUUUUCUUAUCAAAGUCAUCUUAUCAGGCAUAUGACAAUACACACUGGUGAGAAGAAUCAUCAAUGUACAAUGUGUUAUAAAACAUUUUCUGAUCGAAGUCAUCUUAUCAGGCAUAUGACGAUACACACUGGCAAGAAGAAUCAUCAAUGUAAAACGGACAAAUUAAUAUAAGGCAUUUGACAACUCACGCUGGUGAGAAGAAUCAUAAUUGUGAAGUGUAUGAUAAAGCGUUUUGUAUAGAGGUCAUUUUAUUGAACAUGUGACAAAAACCAUGAAUGUGAUAUAUUUGAUAAGGCAUUUUCUACACAAUGUACUCUUAUAAGACAUAUCAAAAUGCACACUGGCGAGAAGAAUCAUAAGUGUGAAGUGUGUAAUAAAGUAUUUUAUCACAAAAGUUCACUGAAGGCACAUGUGAUCACACACAUUGGCAAAAUGAAAUGUGUUUAGGUAUUUUCUCAUUUUUUCUUUCACAUAUACAUGGCAACUAAUAAGAUUAUAAUUUGGAUAAUGCAAAACAGCCGAUCAAUUACAUCUAACUUCUUUUAACUUUCUAACAACAUUUGACAAUGCCAAACGUUUAAUUUUUGCUGUGACAUAGUAUUCAAAGUUAUUAAAUAACGUAUUUUAAAUUUCUGUUUAA